AUGAGAGUAUCAUCCUCCAUCAUUAGGGUUAUUCAAGUGCUGGAUGUUGCAGUCAAGGACCUACAGCAGAAGCACGUACAAUGGGAGAUGGAUGGGGGAGAUGGAUGGUUUUUGGCAACGACAUCUUUUACUUCUGCAGCUGACUGCCGAACAUUCCUUCUACAAGCUGUUAAGUCCGCAUUCCCCACUAAAAUGUCCUCAGAAACAACUAUGUGUCCUGGCUGCGACCACCUUUUUUCACUCCGAGGUUAUCAACGCCAUCUAGCUCUCACAAAAGACCCUCUUUGCUGUGCCAUUUUCGACAAACUUAAGAAAGCAAAUGAUGCUUACGAACUGCUCAUGAGUGCUGGAAGGCAAUCAAGUUCAGGUGCAGGCCCAGACACAGACGCCAUGCCGUUCCAAGGCAACGCUUUUGGAACUGCUGAAGACUAUGCAUCUGAUCUGUUCGGACAGGACAACAGAGUUCAACCUGAUGACCUGCCACCUCUGAUGGAGGUAUCUGACGAUGAAGACGACAAAGAAGAAGAUGAUGAUGAAGAAGACGACAAAGAAGACUCAGAACUGACUAACAUGGUUGCGGAAUUGGAGAAAAGUUGGGAACCACAUCGAGAGGGGGCCCCCCAUCAGGAAGCGGUGGACGCAGAUGACAACAAUGUUGACCCCAAUGAUGUCCCACCUCUGGUGGACGCAUCUGACGAUGAAGAUGAUGAGGAUGAGGGGGCUCUUCCAAGUCAUCGAGAAGUGGACGACUCGGACGUUGACGACGACGAACGCCAUGCACAACACAAACGCAAUGUCGAUCACUUUAUUAUCAGAGAUGGCUAUGGAGUAGUGUUGCCGCGGCUUGGCUAG